AAUGAGUUAUAUACGUCAGAGUCCACCAUUGCUUUCUUCUUUUUUUCUCUUUCUAAACUCUCUCUGUGCAUCUCUCUAUGCAGACUUUGCUGAAUAGUAAAUUCUAAAAUUAUUUGAUUCUUCUUAUCUGUUAUAUAUAUUAAACAAAAACACAAUCUUCUGAAUUAUUUUCAAGUGUGAAACCGGAUUUAUGAAAUUUUCCUCCAUAGCCGCCUCUUAUUGUGUGUGUUUGUUUCUUUUCCCUUCUUGCUAUGCUUUAAUCUCUAACCCCCUUUCUUCCUCAUUUCCCAAAUCCCAAAAUCCCAGCUUUCCUUGGUUUUCAGCUCAAAGUUCUGUCCUUUUGUCCUAUUAUGCUGUCCACGUGUUUCGCCUAUGCAAGGAAUUGAGUAAUCGGAGUUGUUCUAAGUUCUAACAACACUUGAUAGCUUUCCAUGGUCUUGGAUUCCAUGCCAGCUGGCUCCUUGUGAUUUCUUUUUGUCGGAUUCUUCGAACUGGGUGUUUGAGGUUGUUGAAGAAUUUCAAGCACCCGUGAUAAAAAAGGCAACUUCUCUUUUGCUUUGAUCUCUCUUGCCUUUUUUUUUUCCUGCACAAAUUCAUCUUGGCCUUCUCAUUUCAUGAUAGCCCAAUUCAAUUUUUCCAGUGAAUUGGGCUAAUAGAUUUAUCGAUUGUUGCUAGGAUAGUUCAGAGAAAGGGGGAGAGAAAGGGGAAAAGCUUCUCCUUUUGUUCAGUGUUUUUGAACUGUGACACCAAGAGUCAUUUGGGGUUUGGUGAAGUUCCAGGUACUAUUUAGGGUAAAUUGUGAUAUGAUGCUUUGAUCAGGUUUCUUUUGGUUUUGUUUGGCAGAAGUUGUAUACACCAGCUUCGUGCUAGCUUCUCUAGGUGUGUGUUACAGGGAAAUGCUUUCAUUCUAUAGUAAUACUGAGAACUGCAAUUGGACUGCACUGUUUAGUUGAGAAUGGCCAUCUUUGCAUUAUUAUUGAUGCUGUUACUCCAAUUGUCAAUAAUUUCUAGCUCAGCAGUUAUCUUGAGAUCAAAUGAUUGUGGCACUGAUUGGGUAGCUCAUUCAUAUUCUAGUGAUGGUGAAGAACUGUUUUACAUAAAUGGGAAUGUAGUUAACAAAGUUGCUUUCUGUGAGGCCCUCCAAUUGUACAUUGCAAAUGGUUGCGAUUUGAAGGACUACUUUGGAAGUAACAACUGCGUGAUGGAUGGCUCAUUUGUUAACUUACCUUCGAUGGCAGGAAGGAAACUACUUCAGAAGGAUUCGAGCAGUAAAUCCGAAUCGCAAGGGGUUUCCAAAGAUGUGUCUCCCAAAGUUGGGCUUUUCGCGGGUGGAGCAUUGUUGGUAUGUUGUGCUGUUCUUUGUCCAUGUAUUUAUGGGAAGAAACGAAAAGCAACUGCUCAUGCUGUUUUGACCAAGGACCCGAAUUCAAUAUUGGACUCAGCUUCCUCCUUCGAAGCAAAUUCUGUCCCGGAAAAGGUCCAAGUCCCAGCCAGUCCACUUCGAGUGCCACCUAGUCCUUCAAGAUUCUCAGCGUCUCCAAAACUCAAAAGAAUUGAAUCAUUGCAUCUCAACCUCAAUCAGAUUGCAAGAGCUACCCGUAACUUCUCAGAAACAUUGCAGAUAGGAGAAGGAGGUUUUGGAACUGUCUACAAGGCUCAGUUAGAAGAUGGCCACGUCGUGGCUGUAAAACGUGCAAAAAGGGAACAUUUUGAGAGCUUGAGAACUGAAUUCAGCAGUGAAGUUGAACUUCUGGCUAAAAUUGAUCAUCGGAACCUAGUGAAGCUACUAGGUUAUAUUGAAAAAGGACAUGAACGCCUUCUUAUUACAGAGUAUGUGCCGAAUGGUACUCUUCGAGAACACUUAGAUGGUCAGCGUGGAAAAAUCCUAGACUUCAAUCAGCGCCUGGAAAUUGCUAUUGAUGUUGCUCAUGGCUUGACCUAUUUGCAUCUGUAUGCAGAGAAGCCAAUUAUCCAUCGAGAUGUGAAAUCAUCCAACAUUCUUCUGACAGAAAGCAUGCGAGCUAAAGUUGCUGAUUUUGGAUUUGCAAGGAUUGGCCCUAUGAACUCCGAUCAAACACACAUUUCUACCAAAGUGAAGGGAACAGUUGGUUAUUUGGAUCCUGAGUAUAUGAAAACAUACCAACUCACUACCAAGAGUGAUGUUUACUCAUUUGGAAUUUUGCUUUUAGAAAUUUUAACAGGUCGUCGUCCUGUGGAGUUGAAGAAAACUGUUGAAGAGAGGGUUACACUCAGAUGGGCUUUCAGGAAGUUCAAUGAAGGAAGGGUGGUGGAGCUGGUGGAUCCGUUAAUGGAAGAAGCUGUAAACUCUGAUGUUCUGAUGAAGAUGUUUGAUUUGGCAUUUCAGUGUGCAGCACCCGUCCGGACAGAUAGACCUGACAUGAAAGCAGUGGGAGAGCAAUUGUGGUCAAUUAGGGCAGAUUACUUUAAGAAUUCAAGAAGUAAUUAGUGAAAACUUCUUGAUGGGAUUGUGAGUUCUCUUGUUUUUGGUUCUUUUUUUCUUCUCUUGUAUCCUGUCUAAACA